CCUAAGCCUUAAGAUGGCGUAGUAUGUAAACUUGACUAUACAAAAAUAUUGUGGAUUUUUCAAGUUUUACAAAUAUAUACUUUAAUUUUUAGGUAUGUCAGUUCGUUUACUUCAAUUAUUUGUUAGUUCUUUGAAACAGAAUCUACCAAGGCCCUCAAAUAUAGUAAGAUCAGGUGUACAAAUAAGAUUUAUAACAGAAAUGAACGCAAUGGAACCGUUAGAAGACAAAACCGAUGAUUCAAUAGUUCAAAGCAAAAAUCAUACGCGUUACAAACGUCGUUUUUUGAAACGGCAGUGGGAAACCACCAAGAAGGAAACAGAACCUGGUGAAAGCGAGGAAAAGAAGAUAUGUGAUAAACCAUUUGAGAGGAUCAAGAAGAAGAAAAUGGCGGUACUGUUAGGCUAUUGUGGGGUUGACUACUAUGGUAUGCAAAGAAAUCCAGGUGUCCCAACCAUUGAGGAGGAUCUAUUAAAAGCUCUGUAUGAUGCAAAAUACAUUACAGAAGAGGAUUUCAAUAAUCAGCAAAAUGCACAAUUCCAAAGAAGUUCUCGUACAGACAAAGGAGUUUCAGCGGCAAGACAGGUGGUUUCACUUAAGCUACCUUUAGAAGUGAAUAUUGAAGAAAUAAAUAGUAGAUUACCUCAGUGUAUAAAAGUGUUUGGAAUCAAACGUGCAACCAAUAAGUUCAACUCUAAAUCAAAGUGCAAUGCAAGGACAUAUAGCUACACUCUUCCCACAUAUGUCUUUGAACCAAGUUUAAGUAGUGAGCAAGAGAGAAAGAUGUACCGUAUUACCGCAGAGAAAAUGACAAAAGUUAAUGAGAUUCUUGGAGUCUAUAAAGGAACGAAAAGUUAUCACAAUUUCACUGAGAAAAAACAUUAUCAAGAUCCGUCAUCCUUAAGGUACAUGAUGAAUUUUGCAUUAGAGAGAGUAUUCAUUGAGUCUGAAGUAGAAUUUGCAGAGUUACUAGUUAAGGGUCAGAGUUUCAUGUUACAUCAGAUAAGGAAGAUGGUGGGUCUUAUGAUAGCAGUUGUUAGAGGACAGACUGACAUGGGUAUGAUGGAUAAGGCAUUUGGCAAGGAUAAAGUUAUGAUACCAACUGCACCUGGUCUAGGACUCAUGCUUGAUAAGGUGCACUAUGAAAAAUAUGAUGCUAAAUUCAAAGAUAGCCAUGAGAGUCUAUCCUGGGAUGCAGAGGAGGAAGCCGUAGAAAGAUUUAAGCGAGAGCAAAUUUUUCCAAAUAUUGUCAAAGGCGAAAUAGAAGAUAAUUCAAUGGGGUUGUGGCUUGAAAAGAUAAAGGGGCAUUCUUUCGAGCCUAGUGAUGAAAUUCCUGAUGAUAAGAAUGCAAUAAAUGGUGAUGAUGAUGACGAUGGUGAUGAUAUGGAAAGUGAAGAUCUUAAAAAUAACGAAGAUGAACUUCAAGUUGAGAGCGAAACUAUAAGUAGCAAAUCAGAGAAUAUUGAGAACAAAGAUAAUGAAAAAAAUGUUGCUAUAACAAUUGAUGAGAAAAUUGAAAAAACAGAAGUUGUUCAUGAAAUUGAUGCAAAAAAUGGUGUUGAUGAUGAAAUCAAAUCCAGUGAUAGUGUUGUUCGAUAGAAUAAAACAAAAAUAUAUAAAUAAAUGUUAUGAAAUAUGA